UUCAAUUGCGUUAUUCAGUGGUAAAUUUGCUACUAGAGUGGCGAACUGAGAAAACCCCCUAUUCAGUUUCCAAACGCCUCAUUUAGAUGUUCGUCGUUUACGCGUUGGCACCUGAAAGCAGCAUUGCUUUGGGUCUUGUGAAGAUGACGAAACUCGGAAGAUCAGGUCAGCAGCUUGAAAACAAAGCAGCGACGCAAAGCCUCUCCCACCACCAGCACCGUUACUUGGUCUCCUCUAAGUCACACGACAUAUGUGCUCCCUCGCGUCUCUGGACUGGGUCAAAGCGUCUCCUACAUUCAACUAGAACCUCAACAUACCGCAGCCUCUCAUUUUCAGGAGGUCGAUAGGUCAAUCUGUCCUCGGGCUGAUUUCACCAGGAGCUAUUCCUUUCCACGAUGAAUGUGUCCCAGACAAUGGAGACAGAGGAGGACCUCCUGACUUGCCUCCACAUCAAACUUUACCACCCUCAGCAGAGUUCUAAGGGCCUUUACGGGCUGCUUCCUCUGGGGACCAAGAGCAGACACCCAGCCGAUGAGCCUCUCAGGCUGGGACGUGACGGCCAGGUCUGCACCUUCGCCCUUGUCGACGUCCGGGUGUCCCGCAAGCAGCUGGCCCUCCUCGCAUACCGCAGCCCGCAGAGCCCAGACACACUCUUCUCCGUCCAGAACCUGAGCCAGAGGGGGCGGCUGGCGGUGAACAGCGCCACGCUGGACUACUUGGAAAGGAUGGACCUGCCCGACAAGGCCCUGAUCCGGUUCGGGGAGUAUGAGAUGCUGAUCACACGGGAGUCUGGCGAGGCCAAGGGGAGUUUCGAGGUAGACUUUGAGGUGCUGGCAGUACCUCCGUCCAGGGAGACAUGCACAAGCGUGCCCAGCACGACGGCAGUCAUGGAGACGGGUGGCCUCAUGGUGACCAGCUACCCAGGAGAACUCAGAGUGGGGCUACUUGGCCCCUUGGAGACAGAUGAGACCAUCUUGUAUGAUUAGUAAUGUUGCGUUUUAACAUAGUCAUUGGUUUUCAUCUGAAGCGAUACUUCUGUUACAAAGUAUUAUUUUACAUUUAUUGUAUGUCUGUAUAUAUGUUACUCCAUGUCUAUAGAUUACAAAGCUGUCAUUUUAAUACAUCACCUACUUUUAAAUACACUAAAUGCUGUGACUUAUUGAAGUGGUUCAUGUCAUUUUCAACGUGAGCACAUUAAACUGUUUCUUUCUUUGUGCGCACUUUGUGACUCAGUUCAGUAAAACUACCCCAUAUAUCAAUAAAGCAUAUGUUGAAAUAUGUAACUAGAAUAUUAACAACAUUCAGUUGAAAACAGUAUAUUUAAAGUAGUUGUUUGUAACACAAAGCUUUUAGAUGAAUAUGUAGUGGAGUAAUUUCAAUUUAAGUAGUGGAAUUAGGUAGUGUUGUAAGGAAAUUCUGAAGUACAAGUACCAUAACUAAUUAAGUACAACACUUGA